UAUUAAAAUGUCUGAUGGUUCACCUCCAACUAAAAAGCUUAAGAAACCUAGUACAGAUAUUAGCAGUUCCAAGAAUAGUGACUUCUUAAAAGAUGUGGCUAAUGAGCGUAAAAAGGUAGCCACUUCGAUAAUGGAUUUUAAAUUUAAUAAGAAACGUUUGAGAGUAUUAUCUAAAAUGAAAGAAGUUCCUGAAUGGGCUGAUGGAGUUAUCUACUGGACUUUUCGAGAUGAACGUGUUCAUGAUAACUGGGCAUUGCUGUUUGCACAAAAAUUAGCCAUUAAAAACAAAAUUUCACUACAUAUUACUUUUUGUCGACUACAAAAAUUUUUGGACUGUAGUUUACGACAUUACAAACAUAUUUUUCAAGGUUUAGAAGAAUUAGAAUCCGAAUGCAAUAAUUUAAAUAUUCAAUUCCAUUUCUUAAUUGGUUGUGCAGCAGACAUACUUCCAGAUUUUGUCAAGAAGCAUAAGUUGGGUGCUAUCGUUGUAGAUUUUAUGCCUGUUCGAGAACAUAUGUUAUGGACUCAACAAUUAGCUGAACGUAUUGGAUCUGUUGUUCCAGUUAUUCAAGUUGACGCCCAUAACAUUGUGCCCUGUUGGGUAGCAUCUGAUAAGCAAGAAUAUGCUGCAAGAACAAUACGUAACAAAAUCAAUAACAAACUACCAGAAUAUUUAACAGAAUUUCCACCAGUUAUCAAACAUCCAUUCAGUGGUAAACUAAAAGCUCAACCUACCAAUUGGGAUGAAGCCGACAAAACUCUUGAAGUAGAUCGCACAGUUUUACCUGUACCAGGCCUAAAAGCAGGUUACAAGGCUGGUAUGAAUGAACUAGAAAAUUUUAUUCAGAAAAGAUUAGCAAAAUAUUCUUCAGAUCGCAAUAAUCCAUUAAAAGAUGGUCUUAGUAAACUUUCACCCUGGUUGCAUUUUGGUCAGAUAUCAGCUCAAAGAUGUAUUUUAGAAGUAAGUAAAUUGUCUAAAAAGUUUCCAGAAGCUGUUGCAGCAUACAGAGAAGAAGCUAUUGUUCGUAGAGAACUCUCUGACAAUUUUUGUUUCUAUAACCCUAAGUAUGACAGUAUUGAAGGAGCAUCAAGCUGGGCUAUAACCACCCUAAAUGACCAUAGAAAAGAUAAACGAAAGUAUGUGUACACUCGAGAAGAGUUAGAGAAAUCACGCACACAUGACGAUUUAUGGAAUUCUGCACAAAUACAAUUAGUAAAGGAUGGUAAGAUGCAUGGAUUUCUUCGCAUGUAUUGGGCAAAAAAAAUUUUGGAAUGGACCGACACUCCAGAAAGAGCUUUAGCUGAU